GGCUGCUCUGCCCUGAGUUACAGCCCUGCUUAGCUCCGAACUAGUGUAGCAGCGCCCUGAGCUGGUACCUCCCCGCGCCACGGUCCCCACACACCUCUUGUUACAUUUGUUUGUGUGUCUGGGCCCAGAUCUUUUCUGUGGCCUGAUGUGUGUUCACUCUCUCAUGUCUUUCUUUCUUUAGGACAAGUGACGCAGACCCAACCAGAGAAGCACUCUGGUGACCAUGGCCAAAAAAAGGAUUGCUGUAAUUGGAGCAGGAGCUAGCGGGCUCACCUGCAUCAAGUGCUGCCUGGAAGAGGGCUUGGAACCUGUCUGCUUUGAAAGGUCUGGUGACAUCGGAGGACUGUGGAGAUUCCAGGAAGCCCCUGAGGAAGGCAGGGCCAGUAUUUACCAGUCCGUGGUCAUCAACACCUCCAAGGAAAUGAUGUGUUUCAGUGACUACCCCAUCCCAGAUCAUUACCCUAACUACAUGCACAACUCCCAGGUCCUAGAGUAUUUCAGGAUGUAUGCCAAAGAAUUUGACCUUCUCAAAUAUAUCCAAUUCAAGACUACAGUGUGCAGCGUGAAGAAGCAGCCUGAUUUCUCUACCUCGGGCCAAUGGCAGGUGGUCACUGAGUGUGAAGGGAAACAGCAGGUAGACGUCUUCGAUGGAGUCCUGGUGUGCACGGGUCAUCACACGGAUGCUCACCUGCCCCUGGAAAGCUUUCCUGGAAUUGAAAAGUUCAAAGGAAAGUACUUUCACAGCCGAGACUAUAAGAACCCAGUGGAAUUCACCGGGAAGAGGGUCAUUGUAAUUGGCAUUGGGAAUUCUGGAGGGGAUCUGGCUGUAGAGAUUAGCCACACAGCCAAGCAGGUAUUCCUCAGUACCAGGAGAGGAGCUUGGAUCUUGAACCGUGUAGGCAAGCAUGGAUAUCCUAUUGACCUGCUACUCUCUUCUCGGAUUAUGUACUACUUGUCACGUAUCUGUGGUCCAUCACUAAAAAACAACUAUAUGGAAAAACAGAUGAACCAAAGGUUUGAUCAUGAAAUGUUUGGCCUGAAACCUAAACACAGGGCUCUGAGUCAGCAUCCAACAGUGAAUGAUGACCUGCCCAAUCGUAUCAUUGCUGGCUUGGUGAAGGUGAAAGGAAAUGUGAAGGAAUUCACAGAGACAGCCGCCGUAUUUGAGGAUGGCUCCAGGGAGGAUGGCAUUGAUGUGGUCAUCUUUGCCACAGGCUACAGCUUUGCCUUUCCUUUUCUUGAGGACUCUGUCAAAGUAGUAAAAAACAAGGUGUCCUUGUACAAAAAGGUCUUUCCACCUAACCUGGAAAAACCAACACUUGCAAUCAUCGGCUUAAUUCAGCCCUUGGGAGCCAUUAUGCCCAUUUCAGAGCUCCAAGGACGCUGGGCCACUCAAGUGUUCAAAGGGCUAAAGAAAUUGCCCUCACAAAGUGAAAUGAUGGCAGAAAUAAAUAAGGCUCGAGAGGAAAUGGCAAAAAGGUAUGUGGACAGCCAGCGUCAUACCAUCCAGGGAGACUAUAUAGACACCAUGGAAGAGAUUGCAGAUUUAGUGGGUGUCAGGCCCAAUAUCCUGCCUCUGGUCUUCACUGACCCCAGGCUGGCAUUACGGUUACUACUGGGGCCCUGUACUCCAGUCCAGUAUCGCCUACAGGGCCCUGGAAAGUGGGCUGGAGCCCGGAAAACUAUUCUCACCACGGAAGAUCGUGUUCGGAAGCCUCUGAUGACAAGAGUGGUGGAAAGAGACAGCUCUGGGGGGUCACUGGUGACAGUGCGUGUCCUCAUGCUGGCUGUUGCUUUCUUUGCUGUCAUCCUGGCUUAUUUUUAGAUGUGGCAGCGCAGUACUUGAGCUGCCACCGGAAAACGCCAUCUAGCCACACCUUCAGAACCUGAUGAGACUGAACACAGCUUCAUACUGCACAGGAAUCAAUCACAAUCUCUCUCUCUCUCUCUCUCUCUCUCUCUCUCUCUCUCUCUCUCUCUCUCCCUCUCCCUCUCCCUCCCUCACUUUCUCUCUCUCUCUUCUCCCUUCCUCCCCCUCUCUCUCCUCCCUCAAUCAUUAAUCCUUCUUGGUUUUAUUUCUGUGAUAUUGGGUUUUCACUAAUUGAUUCAUCUCCCUCCCUCGUGAGCCUUUUGUCUCUCCCUCUAGUCAUUCCCAGACCGUGAGCUCAGGCCCCCUUCAUCAUCUUUGUAUGUCAUUAGCAGGGUUCUUUUAAUGCUUGACUCUGUUGUGUUUCUAGCACUGCACAGCUAGACCUCGCUGGAUGAUAACCCAUCUUGAAAAGACUGCUUCCAUUAUCAAGCGCAUAUUGGCAGCACUUGACCUUAUAAGCAGAGCCCACAUAUCUAUUUCAGGAAUUCCCACAGAGGGCAGUCCAGAAAGAAGAGCCACUUAGUGCUGAAGACUGGGAGUCCAAAAUCCAGGGUGCAGACAGUGAGGCAUUCCUGUCUUCAUGAUUAAUACAGUGAGGGUAUCACAUGGGCAAAACAGAAAAUAGCUAAGUUCCGGCAUGUGGCACAUGCUGAAUAAAUGCUCGUUGAUAUGUAUGAAAUAAGGUGUUAUCUCUAAGUCAAUCUAAUAAAUGGCUAACUCUAUAGAACUCUUAAUGUGAUCCAUUAUCAAUUUUAAUAACAUUAAUUUUAUAAAUUAUUUUUAUAAAUUAACUAGUUAUUAAUUUUAGUAACUGAAUAUACCUGUCUUUCAGAUGGGUGGUGGGCAUUUAAACUCAGGUCCACUUGCCUUCACAGCAAGUGCUCUUAUUCACCAAGCCAUCUUCCUACCUCCUGCUUUUAUAUUCUUAAAAAAGAAACUACUGACUGAACAUAGUGGCACAUACCUGUAAUUCCAGAACUUGGGAGUUCCUGGCAAAGGAUCACCACAAGUUCAAGGCCAGCCUAGUUCCCAGAGUGAGUUCCAAGCCAGCCAGGUUUGCAUAGCAAGAACUUGGCUCAAGCAACAACAAAAUAUACAAAAUCAGAAAAGGAUUUGCUCUUCUAAGUUUGAAAGUCUUUUAAAUAAUUUGCCGUCUUCCAAUAGGUUGAUUAAAGAACCUGAGGCUUUUAGUUAGCUAUCCUGGCUUAAUCUUGAAGGGCUAGUGUUAGGAUCCAGCUGAGGCAGUAAGCAAGUGCUAGCACUGGAGGUGGGGUCAGCAAGUGUGAUUAUUCCCUCCCCCUGCCCCGCCCAGCAUUGAGGUGGGGUCAGCAAGUGUGAGUCUCCCCCUGCCCAGCUCCCUCCUUCCUUCAGAGUCUACAUAAUAAGAAUCAGUAAGCUCUUCCACGUCUUAAGUUAGAACUAGUAUUAGUAUUAACUAGGGGCAUUCUGCCUAGACCAGUUCUUCCUGUGUGUAGUUCAGAAAGGCAGGAGUGGAACUGAAAUGCAAGAUUUAAGAAGCAUUGGCUGUCAGAAGCACUUGAACUCCCUAAGGAUAAUUUGACCCGCUGCAGGAAUGGCAUGAGAAUAACACAAAUACAUGUAAGCAGAUACGUGAGAAUUCAAACUCCUAAUUAUACACGGAUUUGAACAGCUGCCUAAUAUUUUACCCAGUGUACUCUCUGUGAACUUGAGCACUGAGCCCUGGUUGGGUUUCUAGGGCCCUUUUCCUUCCGAAAUCCUUUAGCAACUGAAUGUUUGUCAUUAUUAAAAUGGGUCUGGGAUUUUUUUUUAAUCUGAAGAUUGCUUUCGUUCAAAAAUAAACGGAAGCUCUGCAUCUUAACUUUUCUUCUUUUACAAUGUAAAGGUCCUCUCAUUGAGCUUGUAAAGAUAUUGAAGCACUACACUGCCAAGAAUGUAAUCUCUACUUAUGGGCACUAAUACCACAGGCUUCUUUCAAAGCCUGUACUUUUAAGUAGCUUCAACUCUCUCGUUCUGCUUAGAAUAUGCAAAACUACAAAAGCAUCAUUGAUUUCUAAACCAAGCUGAAGGUAAGGCUAGGAUAGGACCUUGAACUUAAAACAACUGAAGAUACAAAGAGUAGUUACUGAUCGAUACUGAUCGAUGAUCGUGUGCUGAUUCACCAAUUCAUGCACUUUGCUCUUCUGGCCAUAUUAAAAGAUUACGUCACUUACCCAACUAUGAUAAAUCUGAUGAUCCAAAAGAUGUAUUCUUGCAAUGCAAAGAAUAAAGAAAUGGCCCAAAUGGACUGACUAGCUCAUGUCAAAGGGGUAUAGAAAUCAUUUCAAAGUGGCCCCAGUGGCCAAAUUUGAAAUAAAUGUCGAGCAAUAAAUAACCUAGUAUUGGAUUAUAACCUGAAACACAAAGAUACCUGAGUCCAUGCCAUUAUAGGUAAAUGAUUGGAAACAUUAUCAGAAUGGAAUAAGUAAAGCCCCCACACAGAAUUCUAAAUAUUUUAGUUCUUGCCCCUCAAGGAAAUGAAGCAAAGCUCUCUCAGAUGUACUGCAUAGAUUAACUUCCUUUAGAAAUCUAGUGUGGGAAGGGGUGAGGGAUAACUGCAGAGGAGAAGUCAGACAGACUACCUCAGUCAGAUGCCCACAUCAAUACAAGCAUUGGCAAUCACUGGUAGUUGUAUGCAUGAGAUGACCUCUGUGGUGUUUUUCCUUCAGAUGAUAGCCCAGGCUAGGCAGGAGAAAAGUACCAUGCAGGCAGCCUCAGGAUGAUCUACGAAUACCUUACUCCCCUGGAACUGUUGAAGUCAUCAAAAGCCAGUCUGAGAGAGAGAGAGCUUCCUAGCAUACAGGAGCCUUGAGGAAGUAUCCAUGGUGAGAAUUCAAGAAGAGAAAAAGAGAUACUAAGUAAAAAUUGAAGAACUAGUAACAAUUGUGUACUCUGGGUAAAGAAUGAUGUGUCAAUAUUGGUGUUAAACUAAUAAAUGCACCACCAUGACAUGUUCUCAGGAGGAAAACAAGCACGCAGAACCUCUCUGUCGUCUUUGCAACUUAAGUCUAAAACCGGUGCACAAGAUUUUUGUUUGUUUGAGUUGUUUUAAGUUCAGAGUUUGACCUGAAUUACAGUGUACUAAAAACUUCUCAGACGAAUGUUGGAUAGUCGAAGAUGGCUCGCUCUUGCAGAGGACCUGGGUUUGGUUCCCAGAAUCCAUAUAGUGCGUCACAACUGUCUGUAACUCCACUUCUAGGGUAUCUGUCUCCCUCUUCUGGCCAUCGUGAGCACUGCAUGUGUGUGGUGCACAUGCAUGCAUGCAACAGCACUCUUUAACAGAUAAAAUAAAUAUUUUUUUAAAAAAAGAAUAUAGGCUGGGACCAUUUGUUUAAAUGACUGUUUCUUCAAUUGUGCUCAGAUUACAUCGCUCUAAUAAACCAUAAUAUAACUUACG